GUCCUCCUCCCUCCUACAGCCAAUGAGCUCUGCAUGGCAACAUGCAGUCUUGGCAUGGCUUGGUAGUCUACUGGAAUAUGGCAUUGUCAACUCAAGGAACAGAUACAUCCACCUUUGCUACACAUCUGUUCUUAACUUUAUGCAACACUUAAAUCUGUGUGCAUUGGCUUGCAAAAUACUGCAGUACAUAACAAUACGUGAAGAUGUGACAAAGAAUCGUGUGCUAUUCCUGAUGAUGCUGAAAGGCAAACCUGGUUUUCACAACAGUACUUGCCAUCUUCUCAGACUGUAUCAGCUCUUCCGACCGGACUUGGUGGUUGGUCACCUGACAUACAAGAGAACAGUGCCACUGACACCAAAGAACCUAAAGAUAUCCUUGAUUGCUGCAAGAGCAAGGCUUCAGGAUGGCUCGGAAGGCUCCUUGGUCCAAGACAGUGACAAUGUUUGGGCUGAGGAAAUUAGAGCAGAAAGGGCUAAUCCUCAUGACCGCCAUACAGCUAUUCCUCAAGCAAAUAAUAAUGUUUACACAGAGAAGUUAGAGGAAAAGAAGGAAAAGAUGAUAUUUGUUUCUCAGUACAGGAAGUUCCCAGAGGUUGUAAAAGGAAUGAAAGACUGUCAAAAGUGGCAGUGGCCUAACAACUCAGCAACUCAUCUUUCCAAUCCCAUUAUUAUUUCCUUAUUUAGACCUCACCAGCAACAUGUUUUAGUUAGCAUAACCAACUGGCUGGAGUUAGCCUUGAGAACAGAGCUUGUGGAAGGCCUGGGGACAUCCAGUAAAGAACGUCAGCAGAGACUUCUCUUGGCUGCACAUAACCUUGUUCGCUGUACAGGAACCCUCAUCCCUGUUGUCAACCACUUCCUCACAGAAUUUUUAACUAAAUGGGAUGAAUCAAACCACUUCAAACAGGUCAUCUCCCUCCUGGAAACAACAACCUUCACUUCCCCUGAAUUCAUCUCUGAGACUUUCUUGAGGACGGUUGCCAGACUCCUGAGUGGUCAUUCUCUGGUAACUUGGUGUUUGGUCGUUGCUGCCAUUGCCAAGACAGCCUGUGCAUGGGCAAUAGUAGCACAGGAGGAAGCCCGACAAAAAGAGAAAAACCCCUAUCAUGACUGGCCUCAGGAAGUGGUGAGCUGCAAUACAAUUGUAGGACUGUGGUUUCUUAUGGUACGAAUGGAGCGUUUCUUUCUCUCUGCUCUUCUGGACUUCAAAUACCAUCCAAUGGUCUUGCAUCAAAUUUUGGAUUUUUAUGUCAAG